ACCACCACUCACGGACUCCCCUUUCUUUGGCAACUCUGCUGCCUUGCUCUUGCCGAUUGUGCUUCUCUCUCUCUCUCUCUCUCUCUCUCUCUCAUGCCUUCGUCCACGUUUCCCAGCCCAGGGUGCGUCGCCUUCUUCGGCUGCUCCCCGAGGCGCCGGGGAAGGAGGCCGCCCGGGCAGCCGGGGUGCGGCAAGCUCGACCGGGUGGCCGCCUGGGUCGGCGGCAGCAUCGCCACCGCGUUCUUCGCAUCCCUGGAGCGCUGCUCCUGCAUCAACAUCGCCACCGACGACGACCGCGACGAGGACAACGACGUGCCGCUGAUGCACGACGACGGCAACAACGUGGUGCGAGAAGGUGGAGGGAGCGGGGUGGGUGGGCGGAGGAGGGGAGGAAAGGGAAAGAGCUGCAGUGGCCGUGGGAGCUUCGAGGGGGUACAUGGAUGACAAGUAGAAGAAGCUGAGCUGGUCGAGGCUAUAUCAGAUGCUUUGUGAUGUAUGCGUCGUCUUCCUUUGGUUUUGUUCACGUCGUGUUUCUAUCCUCUGUUCAUGUGAGUUAUAAGGGUCCAAAAAGGAUAGGCACUUCAAUCUUUGUCAUGUCUUUCACUUGCUAUUCUUCAAUCAUUCUUUCACACCAAAA